UGUAGUUGUUGUCUCCACCGAAUACUUUGGGCGUUGCAGUGAAGGUGUGAUCGCGUUCGAAGCUUCGCCUUUUUACUCGACAUCGGCCGAGUUUCUUGAUAGAUCCUUCACAAUGUCUGCGAGCAAGGCAGGUAGAGCUAUCACUGACAUGAAAGCUCGUCGUCUCAGUGCUCCAGCGAGGAGUAAAGCAGUGAAAAGGCCAGAGGAUAUCGUCCGUGAUGUGAGAGGACUCAAGCUCCGCCAAAGAGUCUCUCUUGUUCUAAAUGACAAGGUUCUGCGCGAGGAGUUGGAAGAUAUCGUCGAGAAUUUUGUCCACAAUGGCCCAAAGCACACCGAGAAUAUCCGUGCUUACCAGGAUUUCUUGGUUCCGACUUACGGUGGCAAUGCUGGUGGAAGUGUAGUCACUCCAAUAGCUGAUAUUCGAGGGUCAGAUACACUGAAUUACUCCAAGCAAGAGAGGCUUUUGCGCUGCAAAGUCGCUUCGGUUUACCGUCUUGCUGAUCUAUUUGGAUGGUCUCAUGGAAUCUAUGGCCAUAUUACCGCUCGAACAUCGAACGAGGAAGAGCACUACCUGCUUAAUCCUUUUGGUCUGUUGUAUAGUGAAGUAACUGCUUCAAGCCUGGUAAAGGUUGAUAUUGAAGGAAACCUAAUCGAUGGAGGAAGCACGAGUCUGGGAAUAAGCAAAGCAGGUCUUGUUCUUCAUUCAGCUAUUCACGGAGCGCGUAAAGACAUCAAAUGUGUAAUACAUCUCCAUCAAACCGACUGUACUGCGGUUUCUGCGACAGAAUUUGGCCUUCUUCCAUUAUCUAUUGAAGGAAGUGUUUUGGGAGAAGUUACUUACCACAAUUAUGAAGGCAUCCUGAUGGACGAUGAGGAAAAACAAUCCAUCGUAAAGGACUUGGGAGAUACUAGCAAGGUCUUGAUUUUAAGGAAUCAUGGAAUUGUAUGUUGUGGAGAAACUGUAGAAGAAGCAUUUGAUCUUGCCUUUUGGGCAGUAAAAGCUUGUGAACAGCAGGUCCGUGCAAUGGCUGCUGGUGUAGAUAAUCUGCUUAAAAUUGAUGAGCAAGCAAGAAAACAUGAUGUUAAUGUUCAUAGCAAUGAUUCAAUAAAUCAGUCCAAGACAAAGUGGAAAACUGGAGAAUUGCAAUUUGAGGCAUACAUGCGUAUGCUUGAUUCUAGGGGUUAUAGAACUGGCCAUUUGUACAAGAACCCCGAUGUUUUCAUUGGUGAUAAGCCAAGUGCGAGAGAAGUAACAUCACCAGCAACAACAACCUCCACAAGAGCACAUCUCUUCUUCACCCCAGAAAUUGACAAACAGCCUAGUAGAUCUCACUCAACAGGGCGUGCCAAUACCUAUCGUAAUAGAGUGAAGUGGCUUAACACACCUGUCAAGUCUACCGAGUACAAAAAGGAGAGUGAUAUACCAGAGGAUGUUGAUGAGACAGUCAUUAUUAAGGAUCAAAAGCCAGAGAAAGUUGACAAGGAUAUAAUCAAGACUGAAAAGAAGGAAGAUGAUGAAAUAGUCAUGCACACUACCAAUGUCAUUGUCGAAUCCUCACCAGAUGCAUGGCCUGAAGAAGAGAAGGGAGUUGCAGAUGCCGAGACACCAGAAGGCGUAACACACAAGAGAGAAAUCAAAGAAACAACGGUUGUAGUGUCACGUUUGGUUGAUAAGGAUGGAGAGGUGACACAAGAAACGCAGGUCACUGAAAACAAGAAGGUUUUUGUCAAUGGUGAAGAGGUCAAAGACGAAGUGACUCAUCUCAAAACCCCUGAGGAAGAAGAAGAAGAGAAAGAAGAAGAAAAGAAGGAAGAAGACAAGGAGGAGCAUGAGAAAAAGGAAGAAGAUGGCGAAGGUGGAGCUACUGCAGAAUCUCCAGAACCAGGAAGUCCAUCAAAGACCAAAGUAAAGAAGAAGAAGAGUUUUAAAGACGCACUGAAGAAGAAAUUCAGCAAGCGAGGUAAAGAUGACCAUCACGAAAAGACAGAAAAAGCUGAAUAGACAAACAAUUGAACAGUGCAAGUAGAUCAUAUGUCCAAUCAACUCUACAUGCUGGACUAAAGGUUUUCUCUUAUUUGUCAUGAAAAUGGCAGUCAGUCUAAAUAAGCAUGCUUAGCAUGUUAUUUUAGAUUUAUUUGAGAAGACCAUUUCAAAAGUUAAAUGAAGCUUGCGUAGCCAUCAAAUUAUCUCAUUGAGAUUUUGUGCUAUUGAAUUUUAAAGUUUUGCUUUAUAUCACAAUUCAUGUGAUAAAAUUUACAACCAGCCAUUAUUAGGAAUGAGCGAGGGUUUAACCAAACAGUAAUGUCUUGUUUCUUUACUUUAAUAAUGUGGUUUAAUGAGCAAAAACUUGUAUGAUUUGAUGAAGAUAAGGAUAAGUUGAGGCUCUGCUCCAAUAGUAACUAAUGUUAAGGAAGAGAACAUAGUUCCAAUAAGAAGAAUUGCUGCUAUAGUCUUAAUAUUUCAAAGCUUGUGUCAACUGAAUGUUUUUAUUUGCAUAAUGUAGGACUUGUUAAAUGGAACAAUGGUUACAUGCUCUGUAUUUCUGCUUUGAUAGUGGAUACUAAAAAUGCACACAAUCUAGGAAAGGAUUUCUUCCACAUUCUACUCUGCUAUUGCUGUCAGUAUUCCUAACUAAUAUGCACUUUAUUUCUAAAAAAAUAAAGUGAUAAAUAUAUCUUAUGUUUCUUGAUUAUAAUUCAUUCAUAACAUUUCAGUCCAUUAUUUCUUUAUAAAAUGUUUUUUUUAGUUAUCUUAUUUUAAAAAUAAAGUGCAUUACUUUGAUUAAGUAGAUCUUCUUGCAUAAGUGCUUUAAGAUAGCAGCUAUUUUAAAUAGUAAUUCCUUUUAACCCAUGAAAUAGAAGUUAGUCUCAAAGCCUUUAUUAGACACUAACUCUAUUGUUUCUUUCCUUUUCAUUUUACCAUCAGCAUCUGACUAAUAGAUUUCAUUUCAUGGGUUAAAUAAUCUCACUUCUCAAAUGUAUCAUGUACCACAAGUGCAUUAGCUGUCCACUUAUGUAAAGUAUUCUUAUUUUAAACUUUUACAACCUAGGUUUUUGUUUGCCAAAAGAAUAUCAAGUAAUUUAUGGAUAAAGAAUGCCAGAUUCUUUUAGGUUUUUAACAAGUUUUCAAACAGGCAUUUGGCGUAGGUUUUAUUUCGUUCACUAAUGAUAGCCCAUUAGACCAUAAAAAUGUUUUAUGGACUCAAAACGUGAGUCAGUUGUGGAAAUAAAUACCAGAAAUGUGUAACUUAUGUUAUUCUCUAGAGUAAAUGAAAAAAAUGGGACAAACCCAAGUGACUGUAUACUUCUAAUUAUUGUAAAGAUAAAAAUGUCUGAAAUAAAUGUAAAAGUCAAAACAAAA